GCCGGAAGUGCCUAAUGCUGCUUCCCUGUUGGUGCUCUGGGCCUUGCACUGUGGGAAGCUGCGUGGUCCGGAACUGGGUGAGGGAGACUCUGGCAGGUAUUUCAGGAUCUGAAAUCUCCGGAGCUCAGUCGUUGUACAAGGCAGCCUGGGAAAGUCACCGGACAGCAGCGCGGCAACCCUGGAACCUCCCAGGAGGUUCAGAGGAGCCACGGGGCCGGGACCCAAGAGCAAAGGGAUGGUGCAAGCAGUUUCCCUGCUGCUCAUAAGACUCUGAAAGUCGGCUGUGGAUGUCUUACCGUCGUCGCCAGUGGUGUGACUGUGAACUUCUCCCAGGAGGCAAGGCAGUGCCUGAACCUGCUCAGGGGGCUUUGUGCAGAGACUUGAUGUUGCAGAAUUGUAGCAGUCUGAUUUCUGUGGGCCAACAAGCCGUAUAUUCAUUGUUCCUGAAAGAGAAACUCAAAGAAGAGAAGCAAAAAGAAAUGGCUGAUUCUCCAGUAAGGAGGCCCCAGGAAAGUCUGUUGACAUUCAGAGAUGUGACUAUAGACAUCUCCCAGGAGGAGUGGGAAUGCCUGGACUUUGCUCAGAGGGCUUUGUACCUUGAUGUGAUGUUGGAGAAUUAUAGCAACCUCGUCUUUGUGGAGAACUAUUGCAUGUGUGAUCUUGUCCAUCAACAUGAGAAGACUGAAAAGGAUUCUUGUCAGUGUAAUGACCUUGGCAAAAUGCUUCAUGACCUCUCCACAUGUGUACUUUAUAGAACAAGUGAAUCUACAAAGAACUCUAAUAACUACAGAUGCAAUAAUCACAGAGAUGCCUCUUUUGCUUUAUCAAACCCAGAUAGCCAUGAAAGCAUGCACACUGGAGAAGAACCUUGUAAAUCUAAAGACUGUGAGAAAUCUUUAAAUUUGUGUCCCAACAUUACUCAAGAUCAGAGAGUCUACAAUGCAGAGAAAGAGCACAGGCAGGGAGAAUGUGAUGACUACUAUGACUCAAUAUAUAGUCAUUUACGACAAACUAUCUACAUUGGAGAGAAACUACACCAGUGUGGGAAAUGUGGAAAAUGCUUCAGUACUGCCUCAAGCCUCAGUGGACAUCAGAGAAUACAUACUGGAGAGCAACUUUUCAAAUGUGGAGAAUGUGAUAUGUCCUUUAACCACCAUACAACUCUUAGAAAACAUCAGAGAGUCCACAAUGGAGAGAGACCUUAUAGUUGUAAGGAAUGUGACAAGUCUUUUACUAGGUUCUCAUAUUUUGCAGCACAUCAAACAAUUCAUACCGAAGAGAAACCCUACAAAUGUGGAGAAUGUGGCAAAUCCUUUAUCCACCAUUCAAAUCUUAGAACACAUCAGAGAGUCCAUACUGGAGAGAGACCUUAUAGUUGUAAAGAAUGUGACAAAUCUUUUACUACAUGCUCGGACCUCAGAAAACAUCAGAAAAUUCAUACUGGAGAGAGACCUUACAGUUGUACAGAAUGUGACAAAUCCUUUAUGAGGUGUUCCCAUCUCAAAGCACAUCAGAAAAUUCAUACUGAAGAGAAACCCUACAAAUGUGGAGAAUGUGGCAAAUCCUUUAUCCACCAUUCAUACCUUAGAAUACAUCAGAGACUCCACACCGGAGAGAGACCUUAUAGUUGUAAGGAGUGUGACAAAUCUUUUACUACAUGUUCUGUCCUCAGAAAACAUCAGAAAAUUCAUUCUGGAGAAAGACCUUACAGUUGUAAGGAAUGUGACAAAUCUUUUAUCAGGGCUUCCUACCUCAGAGCACAUCAGAAAAUUCAUACUGGAGAGAAACCCUACAAAUGCAAAGACUGUGAUAUAUCCUUUCUCCGGAUUUCUACUCUUAAAAUACAUCAGAAAAUUCAUUCUGGAGAGAGACCUUACAAAUGCCAAGACUGUGACAUGUCCUUUAAGCAAAUUUCAAAUCUUAGAAGACAUCAGAGAGUUCAUUCUGGAGAGAGACCUUACAGUUGUAAGGAAUGCAACAAAUCUUUUAUCAGGGCUUCCUACCUCAGAGCGCAUCAGAAAAUUCAUACUGGAGAGAAACCCUACAAAUGUAAAGACUGUGACUUGUCCUAUAUCCACCUUUCAAGUCUUAGAAGACAUCAGGGAGUUCAUACUUGAGAGAAAAAUACCAUUCUCAUAAUGUGACACAGUAUUUUUUUUAUUCUCUGUUUAUAAAUCCCAACAGUGUACAUAAUAUGCUAUAGGAUAAUUUUUUGUAUACUGUGCAGAUGUGUCUUUGCCAAAGCACCUUCUUUUUGGUUUGAUAAAGAGAUGACUGGCCAGUGGCUAGGUGUGAGAGAAUAGGCAAAACUUCUCAGGAGAGUGAGGAACUUGGGAUGAAUCUGGUGUGGCAGCAGAUGCCAAAAAGACAUGGGAGGAAUCUAACAUAAAAAACUGAGGACACUGACUGCUCUUCCAGAGGUCCUGAGUUCAAGUCCCAGCAACCACAUGGUGGCUCACCACCAUCUAUGAGAUCUGGUUCCCUCUUCUGGCCUGCAGGUGUACAUGCGGGCAGAAUACUAUAUAUAAUAAAUAACAUCUUUUUAAAAAAAAAAUUGAGGAGAGGUAAAGAGCCACUUGGCAAAACACAGGUUAAUAGGAUCAUGUUACUUUAAAGGAUAAGAACUAGUUGGGAACAAGCCUAAGCGAAAGGCCAAGCUCUUAUAAUUAAUAAUAAGAAUUUUUGUCAUUAUCUGGGGGCUGUUGGUGUAAAGAAAGUUUGACCAGAAAAACAAACUACAGUAAUAGAAACAUAAAGAUAAAAAACUUAUAAAAACCUGUAAUGAAGUUUUAAAUAUUCGAAGAAAUUACAGAGUUUAUAUUUUUAAAAAAUC